UGGCGGGUAAAAAUAUUCUAUGUACUAUGUAGUGUAGCUAUUAUGAUAAAAUUAAAAGAACAAUGCGUGAUAUGAGCUUUACAUAAUCUUCGUUUAGAGAUACAGGGAUAUAAAUAAUUGUAAUGGGAAUUGCAAGCAAUGAGGCGCCCGUUUUGUGGAUGGGAAACCAAGUUGAGCCCGCAGCAAACUUGGUCCAUAAUUUGAAAUACAAAAAUAUUAGGAGUUACAAAAAGUGUUUCUUUGAUUCUUUUACAUUAAAUUGUGGUGACUUCGUGUUAGUGUCAAAUGCAGAUGCUAAAGAUCAAGAUUCUAUUCGGGGAUGUGAUGUUGCUGAAAUUCUAUUAUUAUAUGAGCUCGAUGACAAAUUUUCACCUUUAAUAAAUGAACCUUUUCGCGCUAUUGUCCAAUGGUACUCAUGGCCUCAAACUAUACCAGCUAGGCAUUACGAUAGUGAUGAAAUAGAAAUAGAUUUUGACAAAGAAGUAAUUGAAGAUCAUAGGCCAUACGACAAUGAUAUAUCGAUUGAAACAAUUCAAGGCAAAUGCACUAUAGUAAAAGGAAAUAUCAAUGAAUCUGCUGCAGCUUUAAUUAAAAUGAAAAGUUCAAAAUUCAGGAAAUUUGCGUGCCGUUACAAAUUUGUCAAGAAACUUUUACCUUUAUUAGAAUGCUCAGAAACAAAACUUCAAGCACAUAAAGCAGAAUCUAUUAAAACCUCAAAAAGUAAAAAGAGAAGUGCUGUUGCAAUUUGUAAUCUAACUUACGAAAGCGAUUGCAGCACUGCAAGCGAGCCAGAAUAUCUAAAUUAUUCAAUAAUAAAUAAAAACGAAAUAAAUGCAAAUAAUUUGAAUAUAAAACUACGUGUAUCUCAAAGAUCUAGAAAAAGUAUCGCGGAUGAAGAAGUGAUUGAUGAAAAUUCAGUUAUUUAUUAUCCUGAAAAUAAGAUGAAUAAUAAGAAAGAUCCAUUGGUUAUUAGACAAUGUAAAACAAUAUUCGAAAGUUCUCCAUAUGAAAACAAAGUUGCAACUCGCAGAAAAAGCAUUUUAAGAACGCCGAAUGAAACUAAUUCUAGAUCUGGAACUCCAAAAAGAAAUAUACAACUCUCAAACAUUGUUGAAGAACGGUUUUAUGAUAAAAUCACACAAAAUUCAAAAACAUCUUGCAGGUCUCUAGAGAAAGCUAAAAGUAAUCCAAAUGCUACAAAUAACGAAUUAACCCCUGUAAAACGUAAAAAAUAUAUUAAAAUAAGCUCUUUGGAAGCAACUGUUAGUAACAGGAAAGACUUUAACUAUAACCGAAAAUCUGAUUUGCAAGUACUUCGUGAAAAUUUGCAUGUUUCGACGGUUCCAGAAUGUUUACCUUGCCGAGAAAGUGAAUAUGAAAAUAUUUACAAUUUUGUUGAACAUAAAAUUGUUAGUGAAACCGGAGGCUGUAUGUAUAUAUCAGGAGUUCCAGGCACAGGUAAAACUGCCACUGUAACAAGAGUUAUUUCUGCGCUCAAAAAGAAAUCUGCAAAUGAAGAAAUACCUAAAUUUGAGUUUAUCGAGAUAAACGGUAUGAGGCUUACUGAACCACGUCAAGCUUAUGUACAAAUUUACAAACAAUUAGUUGGAAAACCAUUAUCCUGGGAACAGUCACAAUCUCUUUUAGAAAAAAGAUUUACAACUCCUACUCCCAGGCGAAAAACGACUGUACUUUUAGUAGAUGAAUUGGAUGUUUUGUGUAAUCGUCGUCAAGAUGUUGUUUACAAUUUGUUAGAUUGGCCAUCGAAAACAACAGCAAAGCUUGUUGUGAUAUCAAUUGCUAAUACAAUGGAUUUGCCAGAAAGACUUUUGAUAGGUAAAGUUACUUCCCGACUUGGUCUGACGCGUUUAACAUUUCAACCGUAUACACAUAAGCAAUUACAGGAAAUUGUUAAAUCCCGCUUGAUAGAGUACGAUCCUUUUAAAAGCGAUGCAUUACAGCUUGUAGCUAGAAAAGUUGCAGCUGUGUCUGGAGAUGCUCGAAGAGCUUUGGAUAUUUGCAGAAGAGCAACCGAAAUUGCUGAGAAACAACAAACUUCUCAGGAUACCAUAGUAAAAAUGGAUCAUGUUCAAAAAGCAUUGGAAGAAAUGAUUUCCAGUGCUAAAGUUCAAGCCAUUAAAAGUUGCUCGAAACAAGAAAAAAUAUUUUUGCAAGCUAUAUCUGCAGAGGUAGCCAGAACCGGUCUCGAGGAGGUAAUAUUCAAAGGUGUAUACACACAGAUAGAAGCAAUUGCUGCAUUUUCAGGACAAAAAUUACCAUCAAUCAGUCAAGUAUUUAAGACUUGUUCCAAGUUAGGCUCGCAAAGACUAAUAAUCUGUGAACAUUCACGUAAUGACUUAUAUCAAAAAAUUAUUUUAAAUAUUUGCACCGAUGACAUUCAUUUUGCCUUACAAAAUAAUGUUGUUUAGAAAUAUGCAGAAUCAAAAUGUAACAGUAGUUUAUUUAAAUACAUAUUAUUCCAUUUAAAA